AUGCGCAACUACUACACGAAGAAGUUCGGCUCCACCUUCUCCGUCACGGUGGUGCCCACCCUUAAGGAUAACUUCUCCUACCUGAUCAACGAUCAUGCCACCCACACGCUCGCAGCCGUGGAUGUGAAUGCCGACUACAAGCCCAUUUUGAAGUACAUCGAGGAGCACCUGAAGCAGCAAGCUAACACCGGCGUCACGUACAACUUCCGCGUCAUUCUUAGUACCCACAAGCACUGGGAUCAUUCAGGUGGCAACGCGAAGCUCAAGGCAGAGCUAGAGGCGAUGAAUAGCUUGGUGCCAGUGGUGGUGAUCGGCGGUGCCAACGACGACGUCCCUGCUGUCACACAGCCAGUCCGCGAAGGCGACCGGGUCCAGGUUGGAGAGCUCUCCGUUGAGGUAAUCGAUGCGCCGUGCCACACCCGCGGUCACGUACUGUACAAGGUGCACCACCCGCAGCACCCCAACGACGGUGUCGCCCUCUUCACCGGCGACACCGUGUUCAUCGCCGGCAUUGGCGCCUUCUUCGAGGGAGACGAGAGGGACAUGUGCCGCGCGAUUGAAAAGGUGUACCACAUCAACCAGGAUAACAACUACGCCCUCGACGCGGUCACCUUCGUCUUCCCCGGACACGAGUACACUGCCGGGUUUAUGAAUUUCUCAGAGAACAAAUUCCCUGACCGUGUCGGUGACGACCUGUCGUUCAUCCGGGCACAGAAAGCAAAGUACGCGGCAGCCGUGAAGAAGGGAGAUCCAUCGGUGCCGAGCUCGCUGGCAGAUGAGAAGCGGCAGAACCUCUUCCUGCGCGUGGCUGACCCGGCCUUUGUGGAGAAAAUGAAUCAGGGCAACAUGCAAGAGCUCAUGCUGCACUUGUACAACGCCUGUGACUGA